AAGUAUGGCGGCGGCGGGACCUGCAACGGCGUCGGGGUUGUUCCCGCCCCCGUCGGACCGGCAGAUCGAAGAGGAUCCUCAGGCUGCCGCCGAGGCACUGACAAGAGCACUGGAAGAAAAACCAGAUGAUAUAGAAUAUUACUGCCAAAGAGCUUAUGCCCACAUUCUUCUGAAGAAUUACUAUGAAGCUGUUGUAGAUGCAAAGAAGUCUCUUGGACUCAAUCCAAAUAAUUCCAUAGCUCUGCUAAGGAAAGGGAUAGGUGAAUACCAUGAAAAAAACUAUGCUGAGGCUCUAGAGAGUUUCACAGAAGGACAUAAAUUAGAUGAUACAGAUAAUACUUUCAACACCUGGAUUAAAAGGUGUCAAGAAACUAAAAAUAAAGAAGUAUCAGAACCUGGGAUGAUUGUACAACAGCAAACCCAGCAAUCAAAAAUCAAGUAUGACUGGUACCAAACAGAAUCUCAAGUAAUCAUUACACUUAUGAUCAAGAAUGUUCAGAAGAAUAAUAUAAAUGUGGCAUUUUCAGAAAAUGAGUUGUCUGCAGUGGUGAAACUUCCAUCUGGAGAGGACUAUAGUUUAAAGCUUUCACUUAUUCAUCCUAUAGUACCUGAACAGAGCACCUUUAAAAUACUUUCAACAAAGAUUGAAAUAAAAAUGAAAAAGUCAGAGGCCGUAAGAUGGGAGAAGCUGGAGGGACAAAGAGAUGUAUCCAAACCCAAACAAUUCACACCAGAUUCAAAGCACACGUAUCCAUCAUCCUCUCAUUAUACAAGGAAUUGGGACAAAUUAGUUGGUGAGAUCAAGGAAGAAGAAAAGAAUGAAAAGUUAGAAGGAGAUGCAGCUUUAAACAAAUUAUUUCAACAGAUCUAUUCAGAUGGUUCUGAUGAAGUGAAGCGUGCCAUGAACAAGUCAUUUAUGGAGUCUGGAGGCACAGUUCUGAGUACCAACUGGUCUGAUGUAGGUAAAAGGAAAGUUGAUGUUAAUCCUCCUGAUGACAUGGAAUGGAAAAAGUUCUAAAUAAAUCAGUUUGCUAUCAGUGUAUUGAGUAUACUCA